GGAAGAGUCUAUGCCACUUAACACCAUGCUGGAAGAGGACAUUUACUUGGAGUCUGAUGAAGAUGAUGGACAGACAAAUGGUAAGCACAUUUAGGUGGGAAUUUGCAUUAGGUCUUCUACCUGCUUGCCAUUUUGUAGUCACUAUACCGUCUUUGAUUCUAAUUAACCACUUAUUUAGAUUUGUAUGACACACACAUUAAAUUUAGUUCCUGAUUAUAUUGACAGUUGGUCUGAAUUAUGUUAAAAAGACAUGAUUAAAUCAUUUCUUCAAAACAAACGUACCAUGCUUUAAGACCAUCUUUCAAAAGUUGCAUAGAUACAUAAUUAUAUCUUAUAGUAUUUUUUUUAGUGAUGAUUUCAAAAUGUAAUUUAAGGAAUAAUCUAUGCGUAUAUACAUAGUUAUGUCUAUUAAAUGUAUGUAGUCUACACUGAGAACAAUUUUAGUUCAAUUCACAGGUGCCAUCAUGAAAGGCAAAAUGCAGCAUAUCAGAGAGAUCCCAUUGGUACAAGCCCCAAAUCUUCACCUUCUUGGGAAACUAUUUCUAGGAUGUGGACUUCAGCAAUCCUUUGACUUUCUCAUCAUACUUCAGUUGUAAGUAGCCUAUGAUGGAAGCUGUUCUCUUGUCAAUUAAUACAAUCAUUUAACCUCUAUUUUUUAUGGGGAGCCAUUGAUUAAGAUAAUUACACAAUUAGUGGAAGUAAUUUUUUAAACUACAUUUUUCAGUAGUCGACUAAAACUCUUCAUGAAAUAUUUAAUUGAAUUCAUGAAUAUAUCAAUAAUAUUGAUUAAAUGAAUGUGGUAGUUUGUUCUUUUCCUUUUUUUUUCUUUUUCUAAAUUUGCGACAAAGAAAAUCAACCAAUAUUAGUUUUAUGUCUUAAAAAUUUCAAGUCAUGUGACAAAUGUAUAUGCCAUUGAAAGAUUUAAGUUAUUUUUUUUAAAUAAAUUUUUGAGUACUUGUCUGAUUGUAGUAAAGAAGUUAAGGUGUAUAACAGUGUCAUGUAUUUGUUGUAUUACCAGCAUUGCCAUUCUGAUCUGCUAUGCAUUGGCUGGGAGUGAAGCCUACGCACAGCUGUUUGGUGUUGAGUAAGUGACAUUUUAUUUCAUUUUACUUUAAAAUAUUCGAUUUUGAUAAGUUUUUUUAAAAAAUAUCUAUUCUUUGAUAUUGGUGUGCAGCAUGUGAUUUUGCAUUGGGGUAAAAAAAUAUUUGUUUGCCUUAUAGCUAGUAUUAUCUCUUUAGAUUACAAAGAAUGUGGUUGUUACAAAAAAUUGCAAAAAACUGACCCAGUUACCAGCUUCCUGGUUGUCAUAGUCAUAACCAAUCCAAUGUUAUGUUUGUAUAUAUAAUUUUCUCUAAUUUACCAUCUAUGAUCAUGAAACCCCUGCUAUGUUGGUAUUUCAUGUUUGCAGACAUUUCUAUGUGAUCCCUUUGUUUGUGUGGGUCCUCACCAUGGCCAUUGUAUUUGCCCUUCAACUCAUCCAGCCGGUCAUUUCUAUCCUCACCUUUGUCAAGGGCUCCUUGUUGCUAGGAACUGUAAGUUUUAAGGAGGUGACUGACCCCUCAAAAUAUUGCUCAUGGGACAAUACACCAGAUAAUGUGACGAUUCUACUUUAAAAUCUUAAAUUAAUUUAAGGAGAUUUUUAUUUUCAUCCUUAAAAAGGAGUAUACCAUUUUAGAUGGCAUGCUUAAGAAUUUAAAAAAAAAAUUUUUUGAUGCUCAUUUGCAUUUCCAUCAUGACGAUAAAAAAAAUUGACUAAAUAUUUAUUUCUGAAAAUUAUGGUGAUAAUAGACAAGCUUUCCUAAAUUUGUAUUAGCCCAUAUGCAAUCAUAAAAUGUUAAUUCUAUCAAUAAUGUUCAAAAAAAUUUAAGUACUGCUUUAAAUCUGAUCCUACUAAGUAAAUAUUUCAGGCUGCUGUUACAUUCUACGUAGGGCUGGCUGUGGCUGAGAAAAUCAACAAUGAUUUCUCUUAUGU